CCUUAUUCAUAAAUGGCCGCCGCGCGGAAACGGCCUGGUUUCGAAUGCAUGAAAGCGAGGCUUGGUAGGCCAAGGUUCACAGAUCAAAACAAAACCACAAUGGCUUCUCACAGAUCUUCUGAUGGAACUGUGCGCGUGAUACUCACAGAAGACGAUAUUCCUGGAGCUUCCUUAGCUGGUAGAAAUCCUUCUUCACUGAAAAAUGACGAGCUAAAGUUUUGGUUGAGAUGUCGUGGCGAUUCACUCAAGGGUCUUAAGACGAAAGCACAGCUCGUAAAACGAGUCCAAGACUAUGUUGAAAAUGGAAGGGAUAAAAUGCUGGUUGACCCUGAUGGAGAUAAAAUUUACACGAAAAGGAAGGCAAGGUUUUCGAGUUUACUACCAAACGAUUAUGUCUCUCCUGUCACCUCAAGUGUGAAAUACCCGAGCGAUGGAUGGGGAAAGUCGCUUGAAAGGAUGCCGUGUUUCACAAGAGCCGAAAUGAACCAGCACGUGGCAAAUUCUGGAAAGCGAGUUGCAAAUGCCGAGCACCACUCAAUUCCAACUAAUUUAAAGAAGGCAAAAACAUUUCUGAAGGACGAAUACCUAAAGGAAAUUGAGGCGAACAGUGAUCAAAGGUAUUUUUAUUUGAAAGCGAAUUGCUAUCACAGUUUCAGGAAAAGUGAAGCUCCACAUGAUCUUCGUUUUGCCAUGUGCAUUGUCUCAGGUCAAGUCAUACAUGCCAACUGUUCAUGCAAAGCUGGCAAAGUGGGAUAUUGUAACCACAUUCUUGCUUUAAUGUUUAAAGCGUGCAAGUUUAGUUUAUUUGACAGCAAGAGCACAGAAGAUCUGUGCCAGGAGGAUGAUGAACAACCGGAUCUCGCCAGCACAUCCCAGCUUCAAAGAUGGCACAAGAAGGGUCGUGGGGACAAAAUAUCUGCUCAACCGGUAAUGGAAGUUACCAUUUCAAAAACACGGUUAGAUGAUACCAAAAGGAGAGAAGGAUUGAAGUGCUUACUGUAUGAUGCAAGGUCAAACCCUGUGCAUGACGUCCAAGCAGAAAUUAACCUGAAAAAAGCCCUUCAAAAUAUAAAUCCACAAAUGGGUUUAGCAGUUCUGGCAAAAGAUGAUUCCACUCCCAAAAGUUGUGUUAUGACCAAAUUUGGUGAAAGCCAAAUUGGCUCACUUUGCAGCUACCACUUGACUCUUACUGAAGCAAACUUUGUGGCUACAUUUGACAUUUCUUCUAUUCCAAGAGCUGACAUGGAUGAAGCAGAGUUAACCUAUCCCAGGUUCCCGUUAAACUCAGGCAGUGAUUUUGUCAGGCCUGACAACCUCAGUCAUUCUGAAGAGACACUUGUUAGUUCCCUUGUUGUUGAUGAAAACAUGAUAAACAAGAUUGAAGGAGCCACAAGAGGUCAAACAUUGUCAGAACAGUGGAAGAAAGAGCGAAAGCUUAGAUUCACUGCUUCAAAGUUUGACCUCAUUUCAAAAAGACAAAGGAAUCAUGAUAAGUUUGCAAUGGAUCUCAUCAAUCCGAAAGCAUUUACCUUAAGGUAUGUGGAGCAUGGUAUAAAAUAUGAACCGGUUGCUCUCCAGGAAUAUGAGAAAAUCAUGCUUGCAGGAAAGACACCUGUUAAGGUUCUCAAGAGUGGUUUUGUUGUUUCCCUGGAUAUGCCUUUCCUAGGGUGCUCACCAGAUGGCAGGGUUGUAGAUUUUGGAUGCUAUGAUCAUUUUGGACUUGCUGAAGUGAAGUGUCCACAAACAAAAUUUCAAGUCACUCCACUAGAAGCCUGUCAAGACCCAAAAUUCUUUUGUGCGGCUGUCAAUGGACAAUGUAAACUGAAAAAGAAUGAUGCUUACUAUACUCAAGUGCAAGGCCAAAUGGGUGUGAGUGGGGCAAGAUGGUGUGACUUCAUUGUCUACACGAAAAAGGGAUUUUCGGUGGAAAGAAUUCCCUUUGAUGCUGCUUACUGGGAAACUCUGAAGCAAAAGCUGCACACAUUUUACUUUACCCAUUUUAUUAAAAUUGCAGCAAGUGAGUUUGCAAGAUGCUUAACUACCACUUCUACUUCUUUCAGUGCUGUAUAUACAAUGUAAAUAGUUGCUUGCAAUGAAAAGUUGAAUAAUUAUGUAUUGAUGUAUUUCAUAUACACCUAACUUUGAUACAACUUACCAAUAUUCACAUUUUGUAUCAAAGAUCAGCUCACCUGCAAGCUCCAAUAAAUUAUGACAGUGAUUACCAGCUAAACUUCUUAUGAUCUCAAUUGUGAAAGUGAGUGAUCUUCAAAGGUAGACUCGUGUUUGAUAGAAUCUCUCAGCUGUAAAUAUUUAUGACAACUACCAGUAUAUAUAUUCUUAUAAACCUAAGAAGGUGAAUUUGUUAUAAUAAUAUUUUAUUAGAGCUUGAUUGGUUGGAAAGAGUUACAGUUCAAAUUUCCUCACAAAAGAUAAUCAGAAAAAUUUUGCUCAAAUAAUAUCCUUAAACUAUUGAAUAGGAGCAAAUUUGAAAAAAGAAGUUAUGUGGACUUAGAAAUGAAAUGUAUAUAUUUUAGUUCAAUUUUAUACUUGGUUAAAAUUUUAUUUUCCUUUGUUCUCAGUCAUGUUUAUGUAUGAUAAUGAGUUGGAAACAAAGGAAAAUAAAAUUUGAACCAAGGAUAAAACUGAACUACAACAUAUACAAGUGUUGAAAGGCAUUAAAAUACAUGUUGUGUUUACACCAA